UGGCCUCCACAACGAUCGAAACCUGAACCAGAAGAGUGUUGUUGUCAGUCGAUUGGUAGUAGUCGGCGGGACAGCACUUGUCUCUCACGUUGGUUCGGUCUGUGCGAGACUAGUAGGUCCUCUAAGCCAAACUGCCCAGUUCUUCGCCUUCGUUGGCAUUGGAGGUCCUUAGGGAGAUUUGCAAAGAGCACCACCACCUGGCUCCGGCCUGGUGUGUGCCCGUGUGGCUAGAAGCCGUAGUAGCGAUACUGGGCGAUGGACAGUUAUCUUUGGUUCGAAACUUCCGGAAGCUUCUUGCAGAGCUCGUAAAGGUAUAUUUUGAGUGUGCUGCCGUUGUGUGUGAUGGGUCUGCGCCAGUGAAUCUUUUUCCAUUGCGAAACUGUGUCAAAAAUAGGUGAGCCUGAAGGCAAUGUAGACAGACUUACACACGAAAACGAUCGAAAAGUGUACAAAAAGAAGACAAAAUUCGUACUGCUUUGGAGUCACUGUUUUCACCAGCUUUCCGGUGCACAUGAACGAAGCAGACCGGUGUUUAAAAAGAUGUACCAUUCGGUUCGAAUUUGCUAAAACGGCCAUUCUGCUUGGCGGUAGUCUACGUCGUCGGUGAUCCUGAAAGUGGAACGUAGUGCUGAAAUUCGGCACACGGCCAUCAGCAGGAGCGGUGAUGGAUGUUCGUUCUUUGCCUGCGAAUAGCUGCAUCGCAAACGGUACUAAACCAUUUUUCGCGAAAAAGUUGUAGCAGCAGUCGCCGGCUGCCAUGAAUAUGCUAGCUCCAAUUUCACGGUGAGCUUCCGUUUGGCCGAUUGCCGAGCAAACCGAGGUAGCCCAACGUGGAUCCGUGUUGGCUGGACACGGGGGCGUAAAGUGGAUGCUGCAUCGCGCCUUGUAAAUGUGUGCUUUAAAAUAAAAAAAGGCCGUGCCUUAUCUGUGAUCUGUGAUAGUGCAAAACGGGGACUGGAAAAGAUUGCCCUGGGUAAACCAUCGAACCGUUUGGUACCUAGUGAGUGAGUGUAUGUGUGAUAUUAGUGUUUACUUCCGUCCUUGUCUCCACUCGGCGACCAUCACGACUAUCCCGAACCCGGUAAAACCGGCUGACGUGUGCAGAGCGUGACCUGACGAACACAGCAAUUAAAAAUAAGUUCCUCAACCUUUGUCUCGUCGAUACGAUAUUGCGGUGCUAACGAAAAUGACGAGAAAAAAUAUUAUAAAGUUUUCAUACGACAGUGACGAUGCCAUGGAGAGCUGCGGCUAUCUGAAGUUCACGGACGAAACCAUGAAGUCAAGCUUCUUGCAGAGUCUCAGUACGAUGCGGAAAAACCGGCUCUUCUGCGACGUGGUAUUACUGGUGGAAAAUACAGAAAUCCAUGCGCAUCGGAAUGUGCUUGCUUGUGUUUCGCCGCAGCUGAUGGAACUGUUCAGCACGGAUGCGGGCACACUGAACGGUGGGCCAACCGCAGCCAGUGACGCUAAGCUGCCCUGCUAUCGGCUGAACGGGCAGAUCACGAAGCACGGCCUGAUGUAUCUGGUCGAGUAUGCCUACACCGGAUCAUUGGAAGUGCCCGAUGAGAUGAUCCGCGAUGUCUAUCUCGCUGCCUGGCAGCUGAAGAUCGAUAGUGUGGUGAAGGAGUGCGCCCGCCAUCUUGUGAGCGAGCUGGAGCCGGACAUUUGCAUCGAGACGCGUUCGCUGCCCGGUAUCGAGCGGAACCGACGCUUCGUGCAGGAGGUGGACGCGUACAUCGCGAAAAACUUCCAUCUCGUCUCGGAGACGGCCGGGUUUCUGCAGCUGCCUUGCGUGCUGAUCGAGGUGCUGUAUCAAACGCGCCAAGAGAUGUCGCUGGUGGCGGAAUGCUCUUUGGGACGGCUCGUUAUCGACUGGAUUCGGCGCCAGAUGACGAACGAGGAUGUAUCGGUUUCCUCGCUGCUAGAACGCUCGCACAUGCUCUACUUGGCACUGGAUAAUUCACUGCAAGACUGUGCAGAUCUGCCACCGGGACAAGAAUCGGAGAGCGAUUUGGUGCAGGACUACAAGCGGCUAGUGCUGAAAUGCCCGAGCAAUAAGAAGCAUCGCAAAGCGUUGAAAACACCUGGCAGGCCACGCAUGAUACUGUACAGCCGUGACAUCGGUGACCGUAGUGAUGCCGCGGAUGCUGCCACCACGGAGAUGGAUUGGAGUUUGGUUGGCUGCAGCAAGCUUUCCGACCAUUCGUACGUUGCGCUCGUUACGCUGAACGGCAACCUGGCGCGUUUAUCCAUUCAGCUGCGCCUGAACAUCCCUACGACACCGUCCCCGAUCAACACGCCGGAUGUGAUGAGCACCAGCGUCAGCAGGGAUGAAGAUCUGGACGAAUGCCAGCAGCCGGAACUGUUUUGCGAGGUUGCUACCAUGUCCGGCGCCAAGUGCGGUCUCGGUGUAGCCGAGCUUGAGGGCAAGCUGCUCGUCUGCGGCGGCUACGAUCGGGCCGAGUGUCUCCGUUCGGUAGAAUCCUACUGUCCCGAGACGAACAGCUGGACACAGCAGUCGAAUAUGGGUGAGGCACGCGGACGCGUCCAGAUAGCGGUUAUCGAGGGAACGGUUUACGCCGUCGGUGGCUGUAAUGGCACGACCGAGCUGGAUUCCGUCGAGUAUCUCUCCAAGGCGGAUCGAAAGUGGAAGAAGAUGUGCAAACUACCUCUCGCUCGAAGCAAUGCAGGCGUGUGUGCGUUGAAUGGCAAGAUCUACUGCAUCGGUGGAUGGAAUGGACAGAGCGGCAUCAAACAGUGUGACGUGCUGAAGCCGGAAGAGAAUCGCUGGUUCUCGAUUGCGCCACUCAACACUGGCCGCUAUCAGGCUGGGGUGACGGCAUACGGCGGCAAGCUGUGGGUCGUUGGCGGAAGCGAUGCGUGGAACUGUAUCGGCUCGGUGGAGGUGUACGAUGUGGAAGCAAACCAGUGGACUCUUGGACCAUCGCUCUUGACGCCGAGGCGCGGUUGUGGCCUGGCCGAGUACAACGGCAAGCUAUACGCCGUUGGAGGUAGUGAUGGCUCACAUUCACUGAACACGACCGAGUGUUACGAUGAGGAAAGCAAAUGUUGGAUUGCCGGACCGAACCUUACAUCGCCCCGCUCGAACGUUUCGGUAGCGGUGGUUCAGAAUCGUCUGUACGCGAUCGGUGGCUUCUCGGGUAAGACGUUCCUCAGCACGGUCGAAUAUCUUGACGCUGCGACGAACGAGUGGACCACAUUCGUGCCACAAACGAGCGCCAACAUUGAUUCGCUGCUCGAGAACUCGCUACGGGCGGCUCUGCAGAACGUGCGAUCCUCUUCGUCCACCUCGUCGUCGCCGGACCAUCUGAGCGGCAAUGGAGGUGCGAACGAGAACACUUUCAAACCGAUCCACACCGCGCUCAAUAACGAGUACAACCGGCAACAGCAUUCGCCAAAGGCAACGGCUGCCGGAAAGCAGGACAUUCUCUUCACUUCGGCACAGAACAGUGCCAAAACGGCACUGCUGGAAGACGAGCAGGACGACCAUGACACCGGGGACCUGAGUAAAACUACGAACGCGACCAAGACAGCGCAGGAGAACAGUAUUAGCCUGCUGCAGCAGCUGGCGGCCAACAAGUGUACGGAAAUUGCGACCGCCGGCAAUCAUUCCAGCUAACUGACGCUGGCAACCGCCGGUGGUUUGGCUGCGAUUCCGAUUGACACGGCCAAUGCCGCCACAGCACACCCAUCCGUUAUCGAAUGCGAUGACGGCGAGGAGGUGGACUAAGCAGGGAAAGCUGUCUGCACCCAUACAUUUCCAGAUUAAUGUUUUGCACACUCGGCAACGGUCCUUUCUUAUUGGCUAUUUUUCUACACGAUAAUGUGGCGAUGUUUGUAAAGAAAAUCUGAUUGGAAAUAUCCAACUGGAAAUCUACUACUUGAGGCUGCUAUGAGCCCACGCUAGACGAAAAGGUGACGUAAGAGGCAAAGUAAGUGAUGAUGAGUUUUUUUUUAAAUGGCGACAAAAAGAACUAACAGGCGAUGAUUACAAGCUAAAUAUUAAAUCUACUAGCCAGUAAGUGAUUGUCGUUGAAAUUUUGCUCCUCAAUGGCAUACUUUCCAAAUGGCGCAGUCCUGUCAGCGGAAUGGAAAGUCGGACGGACGCCCAUACUAAAUAGCUUAUAAGCAAGGAUAGAUCAAGAACAAGUACGAUCAAUAACUGAUUUGCUGCUUGUUGACAGGCACGAACAUUCAUGUUGUCAUGGUUUUCGCGUCUGCUUCGUGUGCUAUAACGUGCUUGUUUUUGGUUUGUUCCGUAAUGUAAAAGAUCGUGGAUGAAAUUUUAAGAAUCUGUCCUAAUGGUAGUAAUGUAAAGGUGAUUCAAUUUGCCUACCUUGCCUUCGCACCAAUCCCGUUUAAAAAAAGAUGAACCCAAGAUGCAAUGCAAUGUGUCAUGAUUUCGCAAGUUGUGAGCCAUUCGUUUGCCGCUUUACACCCUACAGAAGAACACUAGCCGGUAGAUUAGUCUUUCGAUGCACGAUGCGAUUAUUUGCCACGAUUGGUGUUUUGCCACAUGCAUGCAGACAUGCAGACUUCGUGUUAGGGUUAAACAAAGAUUGAGCUACAUCGCGAUGAACGCAAUUACCGUGCACUGAACUUGCGUGUUGAACUUUGCACAGCCCCCUAAAUGCGCAUUCCUCUGGUGUAUUGACUAACAUUCAUCGAACCGCAUUACUGUCGAAUGUGACGGGAGACACAAUGCGUCAACAAAGGGCCAUUCUAACCUAUCGGUAUAACUGCGUGACGCAACAUGUAGGCUCACAAUCAUCACUGGUUAGGGUGAAAGGGAAUAGCGCAGGUCCAUUUUGUAUAACGGAUAGAAGCACAGGAGUUGUAUGAUCACAUCAAUCCAUUACACUAUGACAGAUGCGUAUAGACUGGGUAUUGUUUCAGACAAAAAGUGGCACUAUUGAACAGAAGGCAUGGUCUGUCCACAAUUAAUGGUGUUAAGUUUCACGCAACUCUAUACCUUAAAUAUUGUAGCUACAUAAAAACUGAAAAAAAUCUUUAGAUACUGUAAGUUCUACUAAAAAAUGUGACGUUUUUUUCUAAAGCAA